AUGGACCCAGUUCUCCUGCUGUGGUGUCUGCUGACGUCUGCCUGGGUCAGGACAGGUUUUACCUCCGUGUUUACUUCAGACCCUCAGUCUUUACCCGGUGACGACAGCAGCCGCAUGGUUCCUCCGAAAGUGGAUCCCACGUCCCAAGCAGACACGCUUGACCUGCCUGAUAAUUCAGAAUUCCAGUAUACUGGAAGGAGGACACUGAAGUCCAAUCAUAGGCCGCCCGACCCUUAUAAUAGAACGGAGGAUAGAUCUCAUCUCCAAGCUCCCCAGCUUGAGGGCCAUGCUACGUGGCUCCCUGUAUCUCGCAUCUGCUCCCUAUACUGUUUUCUGCUUGCCUGCGCUGCAAUCCACCAACUACAUAUAAAAGCAGAGCGCCUCCCACAGAGAGCCUCCAGGAAAGCGCCUCCCCCAGAGCGUCUCCUACAGAGAGCCUCCAGGAAAGCGCCUCCCCCAGAGCGUCUCCUACAGAGAGCCUCCAGGAAAGCGCCUCCCCCAGAGCGUCUCCUACAGAGAGCCUCCAGAAAAGCGCCUCCCCCAGAGCGUCUCCUACAGAGAGCCUCCAGGAAAGCGCCACCUACAGAGAGCCUCCAGGAAAGUGCCUCCCCAGAGCGCCUCCCACAGAGAGCCUCCAGGAAAGCGCCUCCCCAGAGCGUCUCCUACAGAGAGCCUCCAGGAAAGCGCCUCCCCCAGAGCGUCUCCUACAGAGAGCCUCCAGGAAAGCGCCUCCCCCAGAGCGUCUCCUACAGAGAGCCUCCAGGAAAGCGCCUCCCCCAGAGCGUCUCCUACAGAGAGCCUCCAGGAAAGCGCCUCCCCCAGAGCGUCUCCUACAGAGAGCCUCCAGGAAAGCGCCUCCCCCAGAGCGUCUCCUACAGAGAGCCUCCAGGAAAGCGCCUCCCCCAGAGCGUCUCCUACAGAGAGCCUCCAGGAAAGCGCCUCCCCCAGAGCGUCUCCUACAGAGAGCCUCCAGGAAAGCGCCUCCCCCAGAGCGUCUCCUACAGAGAGCCUCCAGGAAAGCGCCUCCCCCAGAGCGUCUCCUACAGAGAGCCUCCAGGAAAGCGCCUCCCCCAGAGCGUCUCCUACAGAGAGCCUCCAGGAAAGCGCCUCCCCCAGAGCGUCUCCUACAGAGAGCCUCCAGGAAAGCGCCUCCCCCAGAGCGUCUCCUACAGAGAGCCUCCAGGAAAGCGCCUCCCCCAGAGCGUCUCCUACAGAGAGCCUCCAGGAAAGCGCCUCCCCCAGAGCGUCUCCUACAGAGAGCCUCCAGGAAAGCGCCUCCCCCAGAGCGUCUCCUACAGAGAGCCUCCAGGAAAGCGCCUCCCCCAGAGCGUCUCCUACAGAGAGCCUCCAGGAAAGUGCCUCCCCAGAGCGUCUCCUACAGAGAGCCUCCAGGAAAGUGCCUCCCCAGAGCGUCUCCUACAGAGAGCCUCCAGGAAAGCGCCUCCUCAGAGCACGUCCCACAGAGAGACUCCAGGAAAGCGCCUCCCCCAGAGCGUGUCCCACAGAGAGACUCCAGGAAAGCGCCUCCCCCAGAGCGUCUCCUACAGAGAGCCUCCAGGAAAGCGCCUCCCCCAGAGCGUCUCCUACAGAGAGCCUCCAGGAAAGCGCCUCCCCCAGAGCGUCUCCUACAGAGAGCCUCCAGGAAAGCGCCUCCCCCAAAGCGUCUCCUACAGAGAGCCUCCAGGAAAGCGCCUCCCCCAGAGCGUCUCCUACAGAGAGCCUCCAGGAAAGCGCCUCCCCCAGAGCGUCUCCUACAGAGAGCCUCCAGGAAAGCGCCUCCCCCAGAGCGUCUCCUACAGAGAGCCUCCAGGAAAGCGCCUCCCCCAGAGCGUCUCCUACAGAGAGCCUCCAGGAAAGCGCCUCCCCCAGAGCGUCUCCCACAGAGAGCCUCCAGGAAAGCGCCUCCCCCAGAGCGUCUCCUACAGAGAGCCUCCAGGAAAGUGCCUCCCCAGAGCGUCUCCUACAGAGAGCCUCCAGGAAAGUGCCUCCCCAGAGCGUCUCCUACAGAGAGCCUCCAGGAAAGCGCCUCCUCAGAGCACGUCCCACAGAGAGACUCCAGGAAAGCGCCUCCCCCAGAGCGUCUCCUACAGAGAGCCUCCAGGAAAGCGCCUCCCCCAGAGCGUCUCCUACAGAGAGCCUCCAGGAAAGCGCCUCCCCCAGAGCGUCUCCUACAGAGAGCCUCCAGGAAAGCGCCACCCCCAGAGCGUCUCCUACAGAGAGCCUCCAGGAAAGCGCCUCCCCCAGAGCGUCUCCUACAGAGAGCCUCCAGGAAAGCGCCUCCCCCAGAGCGUCUCCUACAGAGAGCCUCCAGGAAAGCGCCUCCCCCAGAGCGUCUCCUACAGAGAGCCUCCAGGAAAGCGCCUCCCCCAGAGCGUCUCCUACAGAGAGCCUCCAGGAAAGCGCCUCCCCCAGAGCGUCUCCUACAGAGAGCCUCCAGGAAAGCGCCUCCCCCAGAGCGUCUCCUACAGAGAGCCUCCAGGAAAGCGCCUCCCCCAGAGCGUCUCCUACAGAGAGCCUCCAGGAAAGCGCCUCCCCCAGAGCGUCUCCUACAGAGAGCCUCCAGGAAAGCGCCUCCCCCAGAGCGUCUCCUACAGAGAGCCUCCAGGAAAGCGCCUCCCCCAGAGCGUCUCCUACAGAGAGCCUCCAGGAAAGUGCCUCCCCAGAGCGUCUCCUACAGAGAGCCUCCAGGAAAGUGCCUCCCCAGAGCGUCUCCUACAGGGAGCCUCCAGGAAAGCGCCUCCCCCAGAGCGUCUCCUACAGAGAUCCUCCAGGAAAGCGCCUCCCCCAGAGCGUCUCCUACAGAGAGCCUCCAGGAAAGUGCCUCCCCCCAGAGCGUCUCCUACAGAGAGCCUCCAGGAAAGUGCCUCCCCCAGAGCGUCUCCUACAGAGAGCCUCCAGGAAAGUGCCUCCCCCAGAGUGUCUCCUACAGAGAGCCUCCAGGAAAGUGCCUCCCCAGAGCGUCUCCUACAGAGAGCCUCCAGGAAAGCGCCUCCCCCAGAGCGUCUCCUACAGAGAGCCUCCAGGAAAGUGCCUCCCCCAGAGCGUCUCCUACAGAGAGCCUCCAGGAAAGUGCCUCCCCCAGAGCGUCUCCUACAGAGAGCCUCCAGGAAAGCGCCUCCCCCAGAGCGCCUCCUACAGAGAGCCUCCAGGAAAGCGCCUCCCCCAGAGCGUCUCCUACAGAGAGCCUCCAGGAAAGCGCCUCCCCCAGAGCGUCUCCUACAGAAAGCCUCCAGGAAAGCGACUCCCCCAGAGCGUCUCCUACAGAGAGCCUCCAGGAAAGCGCCUCCCCCAGAGCGCCUCCUACAGAGAGCCUCCAGGAAAGCGCCUCCCCCAGAGCGUCUCCCACAGAGAGCCUCCAGGAAAGUGCCUCCCCCAGAGCGUCUCCUACAGAGAGCCUCCAGGAAAGCGCCUCCUCAGAGCACGUCCCACAGAGAGACUCCAGGAAAGUGCCUCCCCAUAGCGUCUCCUACAGAGAUCCUCCAGGAAAACGCCUCCCCAGAGCGCCUCCCACAGAGAGCCUUCAGGAAAGCGCCUCCCCCAGAGCGUCUCCUACAGAGAGCCUCCAGGAAAGUGCCUCCCCCAGAGCGUCUCCUACAGAGAGCCUUCAGGAAAGUGCCUCCCCAGAGCGUCUCCUACAGAGAGAUUGCAGGAAAGUGCCUCCCCCAGAGCGUCUCCUACAAAGAAACUCCAGGAAAGUGCCUCCCCAGAGCGUCUCCUACAGAGAGCCUCCAGGAAAGCGCCUCCCCCAGAGCGUCUCCUACAGAGAGCCUCCAGGAAAAGCGUCUCCUACAGAGAGCCUUUAGGAAAGUGCCUCCCCAGAGCGUCUCCUACAGAGAGAUUGCAGGAAAGUGCCUCCCCCAGAGCGUCUCCUACAGAGAGCCUCCAGGAAAGUGCCUCACCCCAGAGCACUUCCCACAGAGAGUCCAGGAAAACACCUCCUCCAGAUCACCUGCCACAGAGAGCUUCCUGGAAAGCGCCUUCCCCCAGAGCACCUCCCCUAGAGAGCCUCCAGGAAAGCGCCUGCUGCAGAGUAUCUCCCACAGAGAGCUUCCAGGAAAGCGCCUGCUGCAGAGAAAGCAGAACGCGCAGCGGGCGGCAGUCAGUGGAGAGGAGACUUCCCAAAAUGUUCUUCCCUGCUUCAAUGGAGGAGAAUGUUGGCAGAAGAAGUUCUGUGACUGCAGCCGGUACAACGCAUCGGGAUCCAGAUGUCAGAUAGUGUAUAAUACAGGCCCGGAGAGAGAGAACAUCUGCCGGACGUGGGGGCAGUAUCAUUAUGAGACCUUUGAUGGACUUUAUUUUUUUUUUCCUGGAAAAUUCACGUAUGACCUCCUGCGCCAAGCAGAACCAGAUGAGCAGAGCUUUUCCAUACAGGUGCACAACGACCCGUCCUGCGCCUCCCACCCCUACUCUUGCGCUCGCUUCGUCACACUGUACUUUGCUGGUGCCGGGGAAGUGACGUUACAGGAACACAUUGUUCUCCUCAACAACCUCAGGGUGCAGCUGCCAUAUACCAAUGGGGUACUGAGGAUACAGCGCCUCGCCGGAUACAUCAUCAUCACUCAGCACUACGCCUUCUCCUUGGCCUGGGAUGGAAACUCCGCUAUUUAUCUGAAAAUGAGUCCGGAUUAUGUCGGCAGAACCCACGGAAUAUGUGGCAAUAAUAACUGGAUCCCCCACGAUGAUCUGGUGACAAGUUAUGGUAAAGUGACAGAGGACAUUGAGGAAUUUGUGAACAGCUGGAGGGAGGAUUUGCCCCAGAAAUUGUGGCUGAACCCUGCCCCAUCCACUUCCUAUGAGCCACCAUGUGCUAAGCUGAAGCCGCAGGCGAGACAGGUGGCGCACUCUCUCUGCAGCUCAUUACUUCAGCCUCCAUUUCAGAGUUGUCACGAGUUGGUGAGUCCGGAGCCCUUCAUGGCGAGCUGCGCAGAUGACCUGUGCAUGUCAGAGAUGGACAUGGGCACCUUGUGCAGAGCUCUGGCAGAGUAUGCCCGCGCCUGUGCUCACGCCGGGCACCCACUGCAAGGAUGGAGGGAGGUGUUCAAAAAGUGUGACGUUACAUGUGACACUGGCCUGGUAUACAGUGAAUGCAUUGAAUGUUGUCCAACCUCGUGCCACCUGAGGAAGCCAUGUAUGGACAGCGAGAUCUCCUGUGUAGACGGCUGCUACUGUCCUGAGGGGAUGGUUCUAGAAAAUGAAACUUGUGUUUAUCCCUCUGAAUGUCCCUGCGAUUUCCAUGGCGUCCCCCGCCAAGCUGGCACUGUGGUGCAGGACCAGUGUAACAACUGCACUUGUUCUGAAGGAAAAUGGGUUUGCACAGAGCUGACUUGUCCAGCCGAGUGUUCUGUCACUGGGGACUUUCACAUUAUGACAUUUGAUGGACGUAAAUACACUUUCCAGGCCCCAUGCCAGUACAUCCUGGCGAAGAGCCUCUCAUCCGGAACCUUCACUGUGUCUCUGCAGAACGCCCCCUGUGGACCGAACCUGGACGGAUCCUGUAUCCAGUCUGUGAACAUCAUCGUUCACCAGGAUCAGAGGAAAGAGGUGAUUCUGACGCAGUCCGGAGACGUCUUUGUGUAUGACCAAUACAAAGUCAACCUGCCAUAUACCGACGAUGUGUUUGAGAUCAGAGAUUUCUCUUCGGUGUUUGUACGAGUGAAGACGUCUCUGGGGUUGCAGCUGCUGUAUGACCGAGGAGGCCUCCGCCUUUACCUCCAAGUGGACGAGCGCUGGAAGGACGACACCACAGGCCUCUGCGGGACCUUCAAUGACAACACGCAGGACGACUUUCUCUCUCCAGCUGGAGUUCCAGAAAGUACUCCACAGUUGUUUGGAAAUUCGUGGAAAACAUCCUCCGCCUGUGGGACAGAAUAUCUGUCCUCUCGCCUGGACCCGUGUGAUGUUCACCUGCAGGCAGCCUCUUAUGCGGCAGAGAGCUGCAGCGUCAUCAGCAGCGGGGAUCUCUUCGCUCCCUGUCAUUCCUACCUGAGUCCUGUGUCGUAUUAUGAGCAGUGCAGGAGAGACACAUGUAAGUGUGGAGAUGCCUGCCUCUGCUCCGCCCUGGCACACUAUGCCCACCAAUGCCGCCACUUCGGAGUCACCAUCAACUUCAGAGGCAGCGUCCCCAGCUGUGAUAUUCCAUGUGAAGGCUCGAUGGUCUACAGCACGUGUGCCAGUCCAUGUGCCCGCACCUGCCAGUCAAUGUCGGCUCCAGAAGUCUGUGAUGAAGAGUGUAUGGAGGGCUGUGCGUGUCCUGACAACAUGUAUUACAGCACUCAGCUCAGCACAUGUGUAGAGAGGAGCCGGUGUCCAUGUUACUUCCAGGGAAUCAACUAUCAACCUGGAGAAAACGUCAUCACCUCCAUCGGAAAAUGCCUCUGCAUGGAUGGAGUAAUGAAGUGUGAGAGCAGCGCAGCAGUGCACAGCUGUCCAGACGGUCAGAUCUAUCGCAACUGCAGCAGUUCAGAGGUGGACAUUGCACUGAGCCCAGAGAAGACCUGUGAGAAUCAGCUGCUGAAUGUCUCUGCGUCCUCCAGCCUGCCCUGUGUGUCCGUCUGUGUCUGCCCCAGAGGGCUGGUGAAGCAUGGCACAGAGUGCCUGGAGCCGGCUGCCUGUCCCUGCUCAUGGAAAGCCAAGGAAUACUUCCCAGGAGACAUCGUGCACUCGCCCUGUCACACCUGUGUCUGCCAGCAUGGAGCCUUUCAGUGCAGCUUCCACCCCUGCCCCUCCAUGUGCACGUUCUACGCAGACCGCCAUUACCGGACGUUUGAUGGUUUUACCUUUGAUUUCGUGGGAAAUUGUAAAGUUCAUCUGGUGAAGGCUCGGUCACCAAGCAACUUCUCUGUCACAGCAGAAAAUGUGAAUUGUUUCAGCAGUGGAGCCAUCUGCAGGAAGGUCAUCUCCAUCAGCGUGGGGCGCUCUCAAAUCCUGCUCGAUGACGACACGGGAAUGCCGAACCCUUCGAGUGUCAUCGAUACGUCCCACGAGGUGCACGUCUGGCAGGCCGGCUUCUUCACAUUCAUCCACUUCCCCUCCGAAUACAUAACACUUCUGUGGGACCAGAGGACGGCCCUUCACAUCCAGGCUGGGCCCCAGUGGCAGGGUGCACUCAGUGGCCUGUGUGGAAAUUUUGAUCUGAAAACAGUCAAUGAGAUGAGGACUCCCGAAAACCUCGAGUUAUCCAAUCCUCAGGAAUUUGGAACCAGCUGGACAGCGUCCGAGUGUCUUGACAGCCCCGACACCCGGGAUCGCUGCCGUCAGAACCCGCUGCGAGAGCCUUUUGCCAAGAAGCAAUGUGGGAUCUUGCUGAGUGAAGUAUUUGAAGACUGCCACCCGGUGGUAGAUGUGACUUGGUUUUACUCCAACUGCCUGUCGGACACAUGCGGCUGCAACCUUGGUGGAGACUGUGAGUGUUUCUGUACCAGUGUCUCGGCGUAUGCCCAUCAGUGUUGCCAGCAAGGAGUCGCUGUGGACUGGAGGUCGCCCCGAACAUGUCCUUAUGACUGUGAAUUCUACAAUAAAGUUCUAGGUAAAGGUCCAUACAGGCUGCAUAGUCAGGUGGACAGAGACCUGGUGCUGGCGGUCCGAAUGACUGAUGCGACUGUGCUGCCAAUGAGAGAAGAACGUGCGAUGCCUGGACACGCCGCAGACUUCAUGAUCACCCCAGGACUAUUCAGCCCCAGAGCACAUGAUAAAAGCAUCAUCUCCUUGGAGGUAGCCGAGCGGCCAAACAUAUUCUUACAUCUGGGACGUAAUGGAACCUUACAAGUGUCCAAAUGGCAGAGAAGCGAUGAGUUCCAGAGGAGCGCAACGUUCAUAAUCCACAAGAACCGGUGGACGGCCGGGUACAGUGCCUUUGAGAGCCUCGCCAAACCCGGACACUUUGUGAGAGUCUCGGCCUCCUCCAUCUUCCUGGCAAAAUAUCAUCACUCUGCUGCAUUCAGGCUCGCCACGCUCUUCAUGUUAUCAGAUUCCAAGUUGCGUGUCGUUCUGCGAUCUUCCUGUGAGUGGCGCUAUGAUGCUUGUAGUAGUGCUUGUUACCGAACCUGCAGAGACCCGGCCGGUGAACGCUGUCACGGUGUCCCUAGGGUUGAAGGUUGCUUCCCAUGGUGCCCACCAGACAUGGUCAUGGAUGAAGUUACUAAAAAAUGUGUCUACUUCCCUGACUGUAUUGAAUCUGCAGUCAGUCUGACCACGUCCACUACCAUGAAGGUGGCCUCAUCCCCCGCAGCGCCUGUAACAGGAGCCGGUGCCCUGACUGCCUUUAGCACCAGACCUGUCUUCUCCACAAUCAUCUCUGCAGCGCACCGCACCACACCUGUUGCUCCAUUACACACCACGACGCAGUCUGGAGAAAGCUCCACUGAUAUUGUGCGCACCCCAACACAGGCAGACAUCCCGAAGACCAGGACACCUACUGCUCUUCCUAAAACUACAAGGACUCAGGCAACAUCAGGUGCAGACAUUCACCCCUCACACGUAUCAGCCCCUAGGACAGUCACCACCUCAUCUCCAUCUCCAGGCACUAUCUCCACUGAGACCGUGUACUCUUCUGUGCCAGCCACCUUGACAACAUCGGAUGACGCCCAUAGGACUUUGACAGCUUGGCGGAAUGUAACAAGGUCAGCAGAUUCUUCACCCACUGCUGGAGUUCAGAUCAGCCGCACUGUAACCCAUUCUGAACAGUCCACCCCAAGCACAGGCCCCAUGAAGUUGUCCUCUGAGCCACACACAUCUACAUCUGGAAGUACAGAUCACACUGUCUCACAAAUAGACCAGGGAUCGUCCCUCCCACCAUCAAGGAUCACAUCUACACACUAUACCAUGGUCCCUAGACCACCAGAGAAAGCAACAUCAGUCACUGGGAUUACAAGGAAAACAAGUCAAGCUGUUGAGACCACUGGACAAUCCACCUUGCAAACCUUCCUAAUGUCCACCAAGCUGGUGACCGAAACAGAGAUUUCACAUGCGAAGGAUCUGACUGAGUCUGUGGGAGGAAUAACCCGAACAUCAGGUGUAAGUAGCGUUUCUCAGAAGAUCACAAAGUCCACCACAGAAGCUCCUCUAGUCUACAGUGUGCUGCCCCUUACCACAAGUCAAGACACAAGAAGCAAAGAAUCCUUGUCUGGCUACCUUCCCAGCAGCUCUCCGGGCCUGGUGACGAUCAGUGUUUCCAGUAUCCCUGCACAGACUCAACCAACAUCUGUUUCCAUCACAUUGUCAACAAGACCAUCUACUGCCGUAACAUUUACCUCCAAGGAGACAUCAUUAAUGUCUCAGCUGCCUACAACUGAAGGAACAAGAUUAGCUCCAAGCCCAAGUGCCUCAUCUCAGGCUACAUCUAGUGAGCAUGCAAUUUAUGUGGAAGGAACCAAACUACAGCGCUCAGAAGCCAUCACCAUGAACUCAACCUCAGCGACAGCCAUUACAACUAUUACCACAAAAAUAGCUCCAUUGACUUCAGUGGCAUCCAAGGAGGCACGCGCGUCUACUGAGCUAACAUCCCAUGGCACCAGAACCUCCAAUGCCACUCAGAUGUCCACCAAACAAGGGACUGCACAACCCAUAACAGAACCCAUAGCCACAGCACAGUCCACUAGGCUCAUCCUAGACUUAAGGAAUGUAACUGGUCCAAUAAAAUCCACCCCAAGCACAAGAGCAACACUGUCACCUACUGAUCUUCAUGUAUAUGAUACCAAACUGCCUCCUACAUACCCCUCUGAGGAGACUUCUCAGCAAACAUCUCAACCAGGGCUCUUAACAAGGACAUCCAGCAUAAGUGUCACAAUGGUUCCAGACCUGUCAGUAACACUGAGCCCCACCUAUAGUAAAACCAUUGUGACCCUAUCAUCACCAGCUUCUGAUCGCUCUCUGUUCUACACCUCCAGAACAACACAGUCCAGGACUCUAGAAACAUAUGGAAGUGCUCCAACCUCAUUAUCUCCAACUAUUUCUCAUCCUGGACCAUCAGUGACCACACACACUAGCACAGCAGUGGUGACCAUGUUUCCAGACACCGUAACCAUGACACACAUGAAGCCUGGCACUAGCUCCACACCAGUGCAGUCUCCCCAGCACAGUGCAACAUCUAAAGUCACCACAGAAAGACCAUCUACAGAAGAAGCCAUGAGUACAACUGAACGGAGAGAUCUGUCACCACCAGAGGCCUAUAAAACCACAGCUCUCUUCCCUUCUGCUUCUCAACCAGUGGUUGUAUCUGAAACAUUAGCCGCUUAUCGUCCGUCAACUGAGGCCUUGAUGUCUCCUGGGUCCAUUACUGAGGAGAGCCAGACCUCAGCUGUGACACCUGCUUCAUCUACAAUGUACCACCCAUCAAUUAUCACAGGCUCGUUAACCUCGCAUGGUGACUUCACAUCUCACAGUGAACAGACUGUGGUGGCUCCUGACAUGAGUACAAGUGUGACAGCAAAAUCCCCAUCAACUUCACAGACAAAAUCCAAAUAUUCCACAUGGGCAGAAGCCUCACCGUACCCUCUUCAUACUUUGUCUCCUGGAAACACCAGUUAUGUUCCGGUGUUCUUGACACAUGGCAUACAUGUACAAGUUCCAGACAACCAGACGACUACUCCCAGUGUUACUAUCCGGCCCCAGUACAAACUGCCCCCCACAACAGAAGCAGCGUCCACUCAACUUCUAGUGAUGACAUCAUCCAGAGCCUUCAGCGAGACAGAGACAUCUUACCCUGCCCUCCAGAGCAGCACUCCAGAUAUCUCGACAGGAAUCACUGUGUCCUCCUUAUCAUCCAGAGAACCUGCCACAAGCCAGCCAUGCAUGCCAUACACAGAAAAUGAGUGCAUUAAACAUAUCUGUGUGGACGGACAGCUAAUCCAGGUGAACAAAUCACAGCACUGUCCCUACAACGUCACUCAGCCCGGCUGCGGACUCCUAGGAUUCGCAGUCCAAAUCAAUGGAGAUCGCUGCUGCCCCAGAUGGGAGUGUGCCUGCCGCUGCUCCCUCUUCUCAGACUUGAGCUUUGUUACUUUUGAUGGACGUUAUCUUGCGUUGUAUAAAGAAGCCUCGUACAUCUUGACUCUGACAGAGGAAGAAUCCAUUACGGUGCAGGUUUCACAAUGUGGACACACAGGCCAGGUUACACUGUGUUUAUCUGCACUGGAGCUGACCUAUAUAUCCAACCAGAUCAUCAUCAAUCGUUUAAACCGAAAAGUUGUGGUGAACUCGAGGAAUGCUUGGCCAAUGGUCAGGAAAUAUGGAUACAAGAUUGUGGAUACUGGUAAUAUGUACUUAAUCGACACUCCAUCAGAUGUGAAGAUCCAGUGGUUUCACAGCACUGGUCUGAUGAUCAUUGAAUCCAACUCCACCAGUAAGCCCACGUCUAUGGGACUUUGUGGAUUCUGUGAUGGGAAUGCAACAAACGACUUAAUUUUGCCCAACGGCCGAGUCUUGUCCAAGAGCGAUGAUUCUGAGGAGUUUGUGGACAGCUGGCAAGUUCCCUACACACUAAAAUAUGUAGGAAAGGAGAGACACCGGGACCUGAACUGCACAGUGAUGGACUGCUCCGAGUGCUUCCAGCUGAUCCUCGACCAGGCGUUCAGCAGCUGUCACCCAUAUGUGUCUCCAGAGGCGUUCUGUGAACUGUGGGUGAAGGACGUAGCAUACGCUCAGGAUCCAUGCAAAGCCCUGACUGCCUACGUCGCCAUGUGCCACAAAUUUAACGUCUGCAUUGAGUGGAGGAGACCAGACUUUUGCUCAUUUUACUGCCCCCCAUCAUUAAUCUACCAGGCAUGCCUGCCGGUCUGUGACAUCACCCCGACGUGUCAGAACAAUGAGAUUGACCUGUACGGCAGCGAGUCGUGUGCUGCACUGACUGAGGGCUGCGUCUGCGCCGAGGGAGAAGUCUUACACCGGCCAUACUCCACUGUCUGCAUUUCAGAGAGCAAAUGCGCUUGUACGGACAGCACAGGGACCCCGCGUGAGAUCGGAGAGGUCUGGCGGCUAUCAGGGGCCGGAUGCUGCGCCUAUCAGUGUGUCGAUAACGAUACCAUGGUCCCAAUUCAGCUCGGCUGUUCUGAUACAGAGGAGCCGGAGUGCCGGCGAUACGGAGAGGUGCUGGUGUCCAUCUCCCAUGACCAGACAUGUUGUCCUCAGAAGCUUUGCGUGUGUAAUGAGACGCUGUGUGAUGGUCUGAUCCCAGUGUGCCGCAGCCACGAGAAGCUCACCGCCUAUUAUCAAGAUGGCUCUUGCUGCCCCCGAUAUACGUGUGAGUGUGACCCUGAGAAGUGUAACCAGGUGGACGGUGUCCGUCAGUGUCGAGAGGACCAGACGCUGUUUGCUGUUCGCACCAGGGAGUCGUGUUGUGUCAGGCACUUCUGUGGAUGUAACGUCUGCUCUGAGCCGGUACCUACCUGUCAGCAGGGAGAAAUACUCACCGUCAGCAGCAACCUUACUGACAGAUGCUGCCCCACCUACCAGUGUGUGUGUGAUGCUGCUCGAUGUCCAGAUAUCACAUGUGACCUGGGAAUGUCUGCAGUCGAGAUGUGGACCCCUAAUAGCUGCUGCCCCUACAGAACAUGUGAAUGCUCCUGUGAUGAGCUCCAUAAGCCGGAGUGUAGUGCGGGAGAAAAAUUAGAAGUUGCUGAAGAAUUAUUGAAUUCUGCAGGAAAUCCCUGUAACUGCACAGUAUAUAAGUGUGUGAAGGACACCGUGUGUGUCAGUAAGGAACAUGGCGUCCUGCGCCCAGGCCAGACCGUGGUCCAGCACACGUCUGAGGGAGUGUGCCACUCUGCCCACUGUACCUCCGCCAUCGACCCCUUGACUAAAUACCACCUCAUCAACGUCUCCUCCCUGAAUUGUGCUGCCAAAUGUGAAGCUAAUCAGCUGUAUGAGCCGCCACGAGACGUGACCCGAUGCUGUGGGCGCUGUAGGAAUGUGUCAUGUGUCCAUACCUUGCUAAAUGGUACAGUCCUCACUCACAAGCCCGGUUCUACCUGGAUUUCUAAGUGUGUCAAAUAUGACUGCACAAACACACCCCUAGGACCAGUGUUAGUCACGUCCGCCGUCAGCUGCCCCCCAUUUAAUGAGACAGAGUGCAUAAAGAUGGGAGGAUAUGUUGUGUCGUUCUUAGACGGAUGCUGUAAAACAUGCAAAGAAGAUGGAAAGUUUUGUAAGCGAGUCACUGUGCGGAUGACAAUCAGGAAGAACGACUGCAGAAGUAACACUCCAGUGAACAUCGUGUCAUGUGACGGGAAGUGUCCAUCGGCCAGCAUCUACAACUACAACAUAAACACGUAUGCGCGCUUCUGUAAGUGCUGCCGCGAGCUGGGGCUGCAGAGACGAGUCGUGCAGUUAUAUUGUAGCGGAAAUUCAACCUGGGUCAGUUAUUCCAUUCAGGAGCCAACGGACUGUUCCUGCCAGUGGUCGUGAGCGCCACCUAGCGAUAGCGCUCGAUAACCAGCUGUAUAUAGUCCCUUCCCCUGCACCAGGCCAAGGAAAAGUGCCAAAAAGAGCUUCGUCUCAGCCAGAAAGUUGUGUUUAUUAGGGUGUCUGCAGGAGCAGACUGUAGUGCAGCAUUCAAGUGUCCGUUAGGCUGAGUUCACAUCACCGUUACUUUUCCGUUCUUCUAAAGAAAAACGGAUUCUGUAUUUUAAGCAUCCGCUAUGCGCGCAGGACUUUUGUUUUUUCUAAAAUGACGGAUCUUUGACAGAAAUGGCUCAGAUGGAAAUGAAAUGUGCAGAACUGGUGGUCAGGACCCAUUUUUCUUCUUCUAUCGGAAAAGAAGAACGGAAAAAUAAACGGUGAUGUGAACUCGCCCGUACUGAGACAAGAUGAGGAACAUGGAUUCAGGCCUAACGUGAUCUCACACGGACACAGGGUGGUGACAUCCCACCGCUUACCCCCCUCAAGGGUCCAGGGUGUGACGGACGGAGGGCAGGCCCAGUUCCCAGUGAUGGCUGUUUUCUUUAUUGAUGCCACCUAACUCCUCCAUGCUGGCGCAGGACAUGUCUGUGGCCUGCAGGUGGCAGUCUGGAGCUGUGGAGCCCCCGGUGCCGUCCCUUCUGACAUGACUGGAAACCUUCCUGCAGUCGGCCACCUGUAAAGUGCUCCCUACGUGUCAGUCAGUAUAUCAUGCUGCCAUGUAGAGCGCCUGAGCUUGGAGCACUUACCUGAAGAA